AUGAGCUUCCUUCGGUUUAGACGAGGAGCUUCGGAAAACAGCUACUUCAAGCAAGAAAGCGAGUUGAAGGCCAGCAAAUUAAGAGAUUCUGCUCAGUUGCGCAAUGGAGAUAAAUGUAUCGGGAGUUCCGAUGGCAAUGCCGCAUCAGCAUCCCCUCCUGCAUCUACCAAUUUCGAAAACUCCGUGGAUGUGCUCCCGGAGAUUCUCAGCCAUCGAUUGCCUCUCGCGAGCCGAUCAGAGCCGUUGAUGGACGUCAGGCACUCGCCAGGUGGAUCUGGAGAUGCAGCGAAUAAUGACAGAGGUGGAAACGAUGAUAAAUUUGCACACGUCAGCAGAUCAGCGCCAGGUGGAUCUCCACACGUCAGCAGGGCGUCCCGGGGGUUGCCUGGUGCAUUGGAGGGGGCGGUGGGGCAUGUUCCCCAGACGCGGCUCGGCAGGGGCAAGUGA